AUGACAAGUAACCAACCAUUAAUAACAACGAAGACGACAAACACACAACUGCCAACAAUUCCACAAGCACCAACAGCAAAUUUACACACAAUGCAACGCCCGGCCAUCCUUAAUCAGUUACCUCAAACAAGGCAACCACCGCAGAGUCUUGAAGAAUUGAUGAAAAAAUACGGUUCUGCACAAAAAACAACGCAAAAACUAAAUAAUGAGCUUAUUGAAAAGCAUCUUCACAUUAUUGCUACUACCAUUUCAACUCUUGCUUCAACUCUUGAAACAUAUGGUGAUCCGUACGAAGCAGUAAUUCAUGGGACAUUCGGCGCUGAACCAUCACCAACGUGGUCCAUCGCAUUCUCAAGUGUAGUCACGAUAAUACAAGAUUUUUUUGGCGAAGUCAUGAAUGGUGGUCGAGGAUUCGGUAGUCACAGCUACACUGGUCACAAUAUUGCCGCAGUGAUUCGUGUGAAAUGCGCUGAAAGAACGAAAAAACCGAGUAGUAUUGAGAAAUUGUUUAUACUUUCUUAUAAUCAGUUAGAGUCAUCGUCGGCAGUUUUUGAUAAUGUUUUUAUAAUUGAAUAUUUGUCAACUGGUUGA